AUGAGGCCGCAAUCACCUAUCCCUCUAAACAACCGCCGCUACUCUCCCGACCUUUUAUCUCGUCCUUUUACUUCUUCCUCUUCCUCUUCUCAUCUGUCCUCCUCCCCUUCGCCGCCAUCAUCGCCGCUCCUCCGCAAACACAGCCCCGACACGACUCUUCUCCCUCCUCAUCCUCAUCAUCACCGCCGCCGCAUCACCGCCUACUCUUGCCUCUCCUGGCUCGCCCUCGCCGCAUUCAUCGCGCUCUUCAUCAUGAUGCUCCUCCGCACACUACUCUACACCGCCGUCUCCGCCGCGCCGUGCGCCGUCUCCGCCGCCUGCUACCACGGCUUCCGCAGCGCCUUUAGCUUUGACGCGGCUCACCACCCCGCGUGGAUGGGCGCGCUGCGCAACGACACGCUCCUCACGAGCCUCAGCAUCCCCGGCACCCACGACACCAUGACGUACGCCAUUGGCAGCGACGUCUUGCAGUGCCAAAACUGGAACCUGUCGAUGCAGCUCGCCGCCGGCCUGCGCUACUUUGACGUGCGCGCGCGCCUGCGCGACGACCAGCUGCACAUUUAUCACGGCGACGGCGACACGGGCUUUGGCUACCAGGACGUGCUGCUCGAGCUUUUUGCCUUUCUCGCGCAGCACCCGUCGGAAGCUGUCGUGAUGCGGCUCAAGCAAGAGGGCAAGCCGCUCGGCCAGCACAACACGCUGACGUUUGAAGAGGCCUUCAACUACUACCGCCACAACUCGAGCAUCACCGCCAAGCAGGCCGCUCGCCACAUGCACGACUGGGAUCCCGCCGCGCCGCUGCCCGCGCUUGGCCACCUCCGCUCCAAGGUCCUGGUGCUGCAGGACUUUCCGGCCGAUAACGACGGGCCCGCCAACAAGUACGGCGUCGCCUGGGACGGCAAGCAAAUGGUGCUCGAGGACCGCUGGAUCGUCCCCGACGUCGACCACCUGCGCGACAAGUGGAACGCCAUCCGCGAGGCCCUCGAGCGCGCCGCCGGCGACGUCCAGGACAACAAGGCGCUGUACCUGUCGCACAUUUCCGCCAGCGUCGGCGUGCUGCCCAUCGAGGCCGCCGCCGGACCCAAGAACGGGUCCGUCGUCGGCAUGAAUGACGAGACGGGCCGCUGGCUCGAAAACGGCGACCAGACUGGCCGUACCGGCAUCGUCAUUUUCGACUUUCCCGGCAAGAGGGCCAUUGAAGCCGUCUUGGCGCGCAAUGCCGCCUACAACGCUUGA